GAGCACAUCCGGGAAUCUGCGGAAUGGCUGUCUGCAGAAGCACUUUGUCAAGCUCACCUUCUAUCUGGGGACUAUGUAGCUGCUGCUGAGGCUGCCAUCAAAGGCAUCUUGCAGGCCCUGACUGGUUCAGUCGCCAUUGCUGUCCCCCACGUCGGUGUCAAGCAGAAGGAGCUGGAGAAGUGGAAGUCGAAGUACCAAGUGGGCGAGGUGUGGCUUAAUAUGUGUGGGGACAAGCUUUGCAGAGAGCUCGUGUUGGGUGACGUCCGGCAGAUCAGCGAUGUAUUCGAGCGAUACUAUCACGAAGCCAUGGUCUAUCCAGGUCUCAACUUGCUGGGCGCAAACAAAAAGCGAAGGGUACUGAUCCUGGGCGGCGGAGAUGGUGGAGUUGCAACCGCUGCACUACGCUUUGACACGGUGGAGCAGGUCGUCAAUGUUGACAUUGACAGCUUUGUCACCAGGGCAGCCACAAAGUGGUUUCCGAAAGUGGCUGCGGGUCUCAAUGACAGCAGAUGCGAGAUGCUUCAUCUUGAUGCAUUUGCAUGGGUGGAGGAGCAGCAAGAGAAGGGAAUGGCAUCAUUCGACCUUGUGGUCAUUGACUUUACGGAUGAGCCUAUCAAAGGGGCGUGGUCGAAGAAGUUCUUCCUACAGCUUAAAGGUUUGCUCAGCACAGAUGGCAUAGUGGUGCAGAAUGUUGGCACGAUCCUGAACCCACAAGACAUGCGCAAGGUGUUCACUGCCCAUGCAGAGGUUUUUGCUACUGUCUUCCCGAUGCACGCAACGAUACCCGACUAUUUGGGUCCAUACAUACUGGUGCUGAGCAGUGUGAAGGAGUUGGAUACCGCCGACGUAGACUGGACCUCUUGGGAGAGGCAACACAUAGCUGGGCAAUACUAUGGUGGAGCGGCGCAGCAUCACGCUCUCUUCAGAGCUGUCCCUGCUGAUGUGUCCCGCUUGCUGGGAUUACCGCUGGACUUGGACCAGAAGGGAUCUCCGCAAGCACCAUCUGCAGUGGCGCUACCUCUGCCUGCGUUCAAAAACAUAAAGUCGGGCGACGAGAAGGUCAUAUUCAGAACCAAAGGGCUCGAUGGUAGCAAGGUGAAAGUCGCUGCCGAUAAAGAGUCUAUGAGUCUUUAUCAGGACCGCGACUUGAUUCUCGACUCCAAGUCCUUGGAAAGAGAUGAGAUCCUGCUGCUUCCAGCUUUGGUAAUGCUUGGUGACCGUUGCAAGUCUGUUCUGGUUCUGGGUGGCGGGACAGGCAGCAUAGCAGCACUUGCUCUUCACUGGCCCACGGUGGAAAGGAUCGUUGUGGUUGAGGCAGACAUGAUCAUAGUGGAGGUCGUCAGGAAGCACUUCCCCAAGCAGGCCGAGGUGCUUUCGGAUCCCAGGGUCGAGCUCAUCAUUGCAGAUGUUUUUGCCUGGCUCACACAGGAUGCGCACAGCAAGUUUGAUCUGGUAGUCGUGAACAUGCUGGAUCAACCUUGGUUGCCCAGCAGGAGGACAACACGACUUCCACGGACAAAGGCCUUUCACAGGCUGCUACGAGCAAAAGUGGCUGUUGGGGGCUUGCUGACGCAGGAGGCAGGCAGCGUGGGCAUGCUGCAGGAGUUUGGAGCUAUGCUAGCCAUUCAUCGCCAAGUCUUUACGCGGUCGUGGCCCAUGGCAAUGAGCAGUUCCAGUCCGCAGCCCACGGUUCCAGGUGAUGAGUUUGAUGGCUUGUACUUCCGUUUGCCACGACUGCUCCUCCUCAGCUCCCCGGACGCCUUCACUCCGAUGCAGGCGACCUGGGUGGGAUGGCAAGGUUUUCUGCAAUCUUUGGGAAGUACUACCUACUAUCAUCCGCGUAUGCAUGACUCACUGUUCGUGCUCCCUGCAGAAUUGCAGCGCAGAUUCGAUCUCCCAGCUACAGCAGCAUCGGAGGAAAUUGAGACGGCUGCAUCUCGUCACCUCGUGCACACAUUCAUGCUCGAGGCCUCAGGGUGCUCAGAUGGGCUACUGAAUGACCUUCAAGCUGCAGGUACGCUUCUCAGCAGGCUUGCUGCCUUGGGCGAUCUGACAGAGCUUGGUCACUUGGAUCACAAGUUCCAACCGCAGGGCUUGACUGCCCUACUGCUGGUGUCGGAGUCGCACCUCUCGAUCCACACGUGGCCAGAGCUUGGCUAUGCAGUGGUGGAUGUGGUUUCGUGCAAACCAAUUCGCCCGACAGUUCGCAAAGCCAUGGAGAUCGAGGUACAGCGCAGGCUUGGCUGCGGGCUCGUGCUCAGCAAGUUCCUGUUGCGAGGACGUGAGCUCGAGGUCCCGGGUCUUCCUUCCCAAACGGAGGAUCAUGCAGAAAGGCCACUCCCGAAGCACGUGCACGCAGAGGAGCUGUAG